GCAGACUCGGGCUCCCAGAAGCCGAGCCCGCCGCGCGCUGCCUCGUCCAGGUAACGGGGAGGAGGGACGCGGGAGAGGAGCGAGGGGGCGCGGCGAGCGCUUGUUCUCGUCCUCACGCAGAUACACGAAGGACCAUGUCCUCCCCGGCGUCCACCCCGAGCCGCCGGAGCAGCCGGCGCGGACGGGCCCCCCCGGCGCCGACGCUUCGAAGUGACGAUGCCAGGUCAUCUCCGUCUCAGAAGCGAAGAGGCGAGGAUUCAACUUCCACAGGAGAGCUGCAGCCGAUGCCCACCUCCCCUGGAGUUGACCUACAGAGUCCUGCAGCACAAGAUACAGUAUUCUCCAGCCCUCCUCAGAUGCUUUCUUCAACCAUUCCUCUUGACUUUGAUGUUAGUUCACCACUGACUUAUGGUACACCAAGCUCUAGAGUAGAGGGUACCCCAAGAAGUGGUGUUAGGGGCACACCAGUGAGGCAGAGACCUGACCUAGGCUCUGCACGAAAGGGCCUGCAGGUGGAUUUGCAGUCCGAUGGGCCAGCAACAGAAGAAAUAGUGGCAAGUGACCAGUCUCUAGGCCAAAAACUUGUGAUUUGGGGAACAGAUGUAAAUGUGGCAACAUGCAAAGAAAGUUUUCAGAGAUUUCUUAAGCAUUUUGUUGACCCACUGGCUAAAGAAGAAGAAAAUUUUGCCAUAGAUAUUACAGAACCUGUGUACAUGCAACGACUUGCAGAGAUUAAUGUUAUUGGGGAGCCAUUUUUAAAUGUAAACUGUGAACACAUAAAAUCGUUUGACAAGAACCUAUACAGACAGCUCAUCUGCUACCCACAGGAGGUUAUCCCAACUUUUGACAUGGCUGUGAAUGAGAUCUUCUUUGACAGUUACCCUGACUCAAUCUUAGAACAUCAGAUUCAAGUAAGACCAUUCAACGCGUUGAAGACUAAGAAUAUGAGAAGCCUGAAUCCAGAAGAUAUCGACCAGCUCAUCACCAUAAGUGGCAUGGUGAUACGGACAUCCCAGCUGAUUCCAGAGAUGCAGGAAGCCUUCUUCCAGUGCCAAGUUUGUGCCCACACAGCCCGUGUGGAGAUCGAUCGUGGGCGCAUUGCUGAGCCCUGUGUGUGCGAGCGCUGUCACACCACCCACAGCAUGGCACUGAUCCACAACCGCUCCGUGUUCUCUGACAAGCAGAUGAUCAAACUUCAGGAGUCUCCUGAAGAUAUGCCCGCAGGGCAGACGCCUCACACCGUCAUCCUCUUUGCUCAUAAUGAUCUUGUUGACAAGGUUCAACCUGGGGACAGAGUGAAUGUUACAGGCAUCUAUCGAGCUGUUCCUAUUCGAGUCAAUCCAAGAGUGAGUAAUGUGAAGUCUGUCUACAAAACUCAUAUUGAUGUCAUUCAUUAUCGGAAAACGGAUGCAAAACGUCUGCAUGGCCUUGAUGAAGAAGCAGAACAGAAACUUUUUUCAGAGAAACGUGUGGAAUUACUUAAGGAACUUUCCAGGAAACCAGACAUUUAUGAAAGACUUGCUUCAGCCUUGGCACCAAGUAUUUAUGAACAUGAGGAUAUAAAGAAGGGAAUCUUGCUUCAGCUCUUUGGUGGAACAAGAAAGGAUUUUAGUCACACGGGAAGGGGCAAAUUUCGUGCUGAGAUCAACAUCCUCCUGUGUGGUGACCCUGGAACCAGCAAGUCCCAGCUACUGCAGUAUGUGUACAACCUUGUUCCCCGGGGCCAAUAUACAUCUGGGAAGGGCUCAAGUGCGGUUGGCCUCACUGCAUAUGUAAUGAAAGACCCUGAAACAAGGCAGCUGGUCCUGCAGACCGGUGCCCUCGUCCUAAGUGACAAUGGCAUCUGCUGUAUUGAUGAGUUUGAUAAGAUGAAUGAAAGUACAAGAUCAGUACUGCAUGAAGUCAUGGAACAACAAACACUGUCCAUUGCAAAGGCUGGGAUUAUUUGUCAGCUCAAUGCACGCACUUCUGUCCUGGCAGCAGCAAAUCCUAUUGAAUCUCAGUGGAAUCCAAAAAAAACUACCAUUGAAAAUAUCCAGCUACCUCACACAUUAUUAUCAAGAUUUGAUUUGAUCUUCCUCAUGCUGGAUCCCCAGGACGAAGCCUAUGACAGGCGCCUUGCUCACCACCUGGUGGCACUAUACUACCAGAGUGAGGAGCAGGUGGAGGAGGAGUUCAUGGACAUGGCUGUGCUCAAGGACUACAUUGCUUAUGCCCACAGCACAGUCAUGCCUCGGCUGAGUCAGGAGGCCAGCCAGGCUCUCAUUGAGGCUUAUGUAGACAUGAGGAAGAUAGGGAGUAGCCGAGGAAUGGUUUCUGCAUACCCUCGACAGCUGGAAUCACUGAUCCGCUUAGCAGAAGCCCAUGCUAAAGUACGGUUUUCAAACAAAGUUGAAGCAAUUGAUGUUGAAGAGGCAAAACGCCUCCAUAGGGAAGCUUUAAAGCAGUCUGCAACUGACCCCAGGACUGGCAUUGUGGACAUAUCUAUUCUUACUACAGGACUGAGUGCCACCUCUCGUAAACGGAAAGAAGAGUUAGCAGAAGCAUUGAAAAAACUUAUUUUAUCUAAGGGCAAAACACCAGCUCUUAAAUACCAGCAACUUUUUGAAGAUAUUCGGGGACAGUCUGACAUAGCAAUUACCAAAGAUAUGUUUGAAGAAGCACUGCGUGCCUUGGCUGAUGAUGACUUCCUGACAGUAACUGGGAAAACUGUUCGCUUGCUCUGAAGCUCUGUGAGGAUUACCAUGUGUUCUGUCCUGACAAGGGCAUGGCAUUUGCUCAUAUGUGUGGCAUCAGACUGGUCAGCUGCUAUUGCUGGUAUUAUUGUUGGACAUUGAUUUUUAGCAUCAUUAUUUGGUUCCAUAGAGAUUUUCUAACUUGAGUUCAGUUUUCGUAGUAAAAUGUUUUCAUUUUUUUAAUAACAUUUUAAGGAUAAUAUGCCAAUUCAAUUUGUAAGCAUACAGAAUAAUGAUAAUUUUCUAUAUACUAUUUCCUUAACACCAUGACUUUUAAUCUGUAUGUAUUUACAGAUAGCAGGAUGUACUUUUAGAAGAUGGCAGUUUGAGUUGUGGUUUUUUAUGCUAGGCAAUCAUCCUUGUGUUAGAGUCUUUUGCAAGUGAGGUAAAAGACUUAAUGAGGGCAUUUCAUUGGCUAUGAAGUAGUGAAGGAAUACUCUUUCUGCCUGCUACAACUCUCAGGUGUAAUUGCUUCUAAGGAUCUUUCUCAUAGCUACUAUGUGAUCUAAAAUGGAAGUGAUUAGGCUCUAAGUAAUUAUCCUAAUAUGUAAAACUUUCCUAAUAAAUAAUAGAGUAAAUAAUACUUGCUUAUUUGGCAUUUUUCAUUAAGAGAAGAACUUUAAUAAUAAACACUGUAUUCAUGGAAAGUCAUGACAGUAAGUACCUUAUACAUCAUAAAAGAAAGUCAUGAUUGGCCUCCCUGGUGGCACAGCGUUUGAGCGCUGGGUCGCUGGGUUGCAAAGCUGCCCGCAGCCUCUACAGUGCCGGUUUGAUCCCCGGCUGCUCCCUGGCCACCGGAGGAGGAUCCCACAUGGCGCACAGACCUCUCCUGCCACCUGCCGCUCCCCUCAGCAGUGUACUUCGGUCCUUCUGCCUGCUCUGCUCCCCUCUCUGGCUCUGGGGAAUUCUCUCACCCUCCCGCGCUUCUGACUACCCAGUGCUUGUAUAAAUAAAUUAAAAAAU